AGAAGAGACAACUGCGAUGUAAAUAAGGAAGUAGCUUGUGCAACCGAGAAAAUAUGAGCCGUGAUAUCCUUCUACGUGUGAAAGAACAAGUUUCGUUUUUCCGAAACGCUAUUAAUACGGUGGCUGAAGAAUGGAGGAGCAACACAAGAAAAUUCUUCAACGAAACAGGAUCAACUUAGUCACAGUUAUGGAUCCUUUAGUCCUCUAUGAGCCUCUUUUUGAAAAGGGAGUUUUCACCAUGGACAUGAUUGAUACGAUAAAGAGCUCGGGGACCAGACGAGACCAGGCCAGACAAUUAGUCCUGGACUUAGAGACCCGAGGGAAUCGAGCCUUUCCGUUAUUCCUGGAGAGCCUACGUGAAUCGGGUCAGCAGGGUUUGAUAGAAACUCUGCUAAGGGCUCCACCAGUACCCACAGCGGUCCGCCCUGUUGUACAACCUCUGCCCAUCUCCUCUCCUAUGGAUGUUAAUAAACAAAGUAAAUAUAUUGUCCCCAUAUGUCCCGUAGAGAGGCCCGAUAAGUCUUCCAGUCCAACACCUGAAAAGGAGUACUUUAAACCAAGGCCAGAAGGCAGGACACGCCGAGAUAGUCUUCAGAGCUAUAAAAUGGAUUCCAGUCCAUGUGGUUAUUGCCUCAUCAUUAACAAUGCAGACUUUGAGCCUCAAAGUGAGCUCAGCAAUCGCAAAGGCUCCAACAUAGACAGUGAAAAGCUGGAGAGAAGAUUCUUGGCACUCAACUUUACUGUGGAAGUCAAGACAAAUCUGAAGCAAAGACAAAUCAGACAUGAACUGUCAGCUUUGUCCAAAAAGGAUCACUCUCAAUACGACUGCUGUGUGGUUAUCAUGCUCUCCCAUGGGACUGAGGUGAAUCACAGUCGUUUCCCUGGCGCUGUGUAUGGAACAGACGGGUCUCACAUCACAGUUCAGGACAUCACAACUUUGUUCAACGGCAAGAACUGUCCUUCUUUGCAAGGAAAACCCAAGCUGUUCUUCAUUCAGGCCUGUGGCGGAGAUGAAAGAGACAUAGGAUUUGAUGCGUCUCCUGAGGAGACUGGUCCAUCGGUGGGCGGGCAAGACGACCAGACAGAUGCCAUCACGACGUCGUCCAGCAGCGAGUCUCUGAGCAUCACUGACGAGGUGGAUGCCAGAACAUCACUGCCCACCCCAAGUGACAUCCUGGUGUCCUACUCUACCUUCCCUGGUUUCGUUUCCUGGAGAGACACAAAGGCAGGUUCUUGGUAUAUCGAAACACUGGACCGCAUCCUUGAGGAAAACGCAGCCACUCAUGACUUGGCCACCAUGCUGAUGAUGGUUAACAACGAAGUCUCCCAAAACUCUGCAAAAGGGAUGUACAAGCAGAUGCCCGGUUCCUUUAACUUCCUUCGAAAACUUCUCUACUUUCAAACCUCUCCAUAGUGGAAGACUGUUCCUCUUCUGAACAUAUUUGACUACUUAAUUGUCAAAUGUGGGAAUUUUUAUCAAUUUUGUAACUGUUGUUGGGAAUAAUGGCUCAAUGUGGAUAUUUUUAACUGUUGCUUAGAUUUCUACAUGAACUUUCUGGGUAUAAUGUACUUUCAAUUCUACUAAGACUAUGAAUUUCUACUGUAAACGUUUCACUUUGAGUUGACUUAUUGGUGGGGACUUUGUUCUUGUAUAAGCCAAGAAAAGAAAUGAAUCCACAAUCUCAUGCUGUACAUUAAGUUUAAGAUAAUGUUUUAUUUCUGCUCUUCAGUAACUUAAAAAAAUACCAUCUCUACUUUGUUCAUUUAUCUCUCGUUAUUGUAUGAUCGGUUGUACUUGUAUACAAAUGUGAAUGUGCGUAAUCUGAAAGAAAAUGGUAGAAAAAAGAGGAAAAGGUCUUUUGAGAGUUUGGAGAACAGUUUGGGUCAAGACCAACCAGCUGUGAAGGUCUGUAAAUCAAUUGUUCUCUCAAAUAACAUCUCAUCUAAGUCUACAGGCCUCAAGUUCCUUUUAAUGACGUGUUCUCCUUCUGCUGUGGAUUGUCCAUAUGUCUCCAUUGUACUCAAAUGUUUUCAACGUCUUUAAGUUUGCCUUUGCUCUUUUCAGCUGAUGUGGUGAAGGAUGUGCAAUUUACCUCGCAUCGCUUCCAAUUAUAUAAAGCACCUUUCACUAUUAA